AUGUCAACAAAACAUUUUAUCAACGAUGCAGACCAUCUAGUCAACGCAGCCCUCCAUUCUCUAACUUUCACCAACCCUUCAUUGGCUUUUGAUGAGCAAAAUAAAAUUAUCCAUCGUCGUCCUGGUUAUACCUCUCAAGUUUCCAUCAUUUCUGGUGGAGGAUCGGGCCAUGAACCAAGCUUUGGGGCUUAUGUAGGCGAAGGUUUUCUCACUGCAGCUGUUGCUGGAACUAUCUUUGCCUCACCAAACGCAGAGCAGAUUUACAAAACUAUAAUUUCAAAGGUUGACCGAGAAAAAGGAAUUUUGGUCAUAGUUAUGAAUUAUACUGGCGACGUACUGAAUUUUGGCAUGGCUGUGGAGAGAGCCAAAUCUUCCGGCCUAAAUGUGAAGAUGCUUGUCGUCGGAGAUGACGUUGGUGUUGGUCGGGCACGUUCUGGCAAGGUUGGUCGACGAGGUAUUGCUGGAACAAUCUUGGUACAAAAAAUUUCAGGUGCUUUGGCAGCCAGGGGAGCGAGUCUAGAUGAAGUUUAUCGCGUGGCGAAACUAACGGCAGAUAACAUUGUCAGUUUAGGAGCGAGUUUAGGACAUGUUCACGUACCUGGAAGAGAGAUAGUUGGCCCAAAUCCCUCUUGUGCUCUGGAAUCCGGAAAGAUCGAGAUAGGAAUGGGUAUUCACAAUGAAGCUGGAACUGCUCAAAUCGAUAUUUCGCUCCCAGAGCUGGUGAAGAUAAUGCUAGCACAGCUUUUAGACCCCAAUGACCAGGAUCGUGCUUUUAUAAGGAUAGAUUCAACUGAAGUCGUUCUAUUGGUCAACAACCUCGGGGGUGUAAGCACUCUCGAAAUUGGAGGCAUCACCUCUGAAAUAAUCAUUCAACUUGAAAAAAGCUACCAAAUCAAGCCCAUCAGAGUCUUAACUGGAACGUUUAUGUCGAGUCUUAAUGGUUUAGGCUUUAGUAUUUCAAUUCUAAAAAUUGUAAAUACAAAUAUAGAAGAUUUAAGUAUGUUACAGCUACUUGACGAUGCAUCGGAGGUAACAGGGUGGGCCGCACCUAUUCGAAAAAGUACAUGGGAAAGAGAGCCAAUAGCAAAAUCAAGAGAUUAUUCGACGGCGUUGACGCAUGAAUCUCAGUCAAGCGGUUUGAAGCUCGACCCCCAGAAAACCAAAGUUGCAUUGACUUCAGCAUUGCAGAGAGUAAUAGCUGCUGAGCCAAUGUUGACAAAUUUUGAUACGGUAGUUGGUGACGGUGAUUGUGGUAUUGGGAUGAAAAGAGGUGCCGAGUCCGUCCUAAACUUACUCUCCAUCUCGAAAUUUACUGGAGACGCUGUCCUCGAUCUUAGCAAGAUAGUUAAAGUGGUGGAAAACAACAUGGACGGCACCUCAGGAGCUCUAUACGCUAUUUUUCUGAAUGCACUAUUGCAAGCUUUCAGUAAAACAACGCACGUGGGCACCAUCACACAUGAAGUUUGGGCUUUCGCUUUACAACAAGCAUGUAGCACGCUGUCUAAUUACACGGCUGCAAGACCUGGUGACCGAACAGUGAUUGAUGCCUUGUAUCCGUUCGUCGAAAGCUUUCAAGCUUCACACGACCUAAUCAAGGCAGCAGAGGCAGCGCGAAGGGGUUCUGAGAAUACAAAAGGCAUGAGGGCUAGAUUUGGAAGAACUGUAUACAUUGGUGGUACUGGGUUUUCUGAAGUACCUGACCCGGGGGCAUGGGGCCUGAGCGAGCUCCUGCUGGGGCUUGCAGGAGUAUGCAAUUAA